CGUCGACGCCAUUUGCCUCCGCAGUUUGGUAUUUUGAGUUGCUGAUUUCCCGGUCCAGAGUCAUUUUCUAGGCCCAGCGGGAAGGAGCGUAGGAACUCCACGCCCCAACUUUGUUCGGGCGUGUGUCCUCUGGGGGCCGCGGCCUCUCCUCACCAGCCCUUGGCCCCGGUGAGCCAUUUCCACGGAGGAGGCGGUGGUCACCCGACAGGGAGGGGCGCCGUGGGACCGGGUCGUCCGCGCUGCCCAGGUGCUCGCCCCUCACGCAGGUGCGGGGUCCGUGAUGGCGGCGGCGUCGCGGACGGAGCUGACACAGGUGUUUGUGACCUUUGAGGAUGUGGCUGUGACUUUCACACAGGAGGAGUGGGGGCAACUGGACCCAGGUCAGAGGACCCUGUAUCAGGAGGUGAUGAUGGAAAACUUUGGGCUCUUGGUCUCACUGGGGCAUCCUAUUCCCAAGCCUGAGCUGAUCUACCAGCUGGAGCACGGGCAGGAGCUGUGGACAGUGACAAGAGUCCUCUCCCCAAGCAUCUGUCCAGGUUACAGUGCAGAAAGCAAGACCACAAAACCAACCACUUGCAAGCCAGCCUUGUGUGAGGGAGCCUCCCACCAGGGACAGUUGACACAAGCUUCAGGGGACUACUCAUUUCAGCAAGCCAGGAGUCAGGAUACUCCAUCAGAAACACAGGAAGGACUUUCCAGUCUGAGGACAGAGGCCCAGAGGGAGAAGAUUCCUGGGAAAAUGAGCCCUGAGCAUGAUGGUUUAGGGACAGUUGGGGACAUUUGCUCAAGGAUUGUCCAGGAAGAAGAGGAAAAUAUCUUCAAAUGCAGUGAAUGUGGGAAAGUGUUUAACAAAAAACACCUCCUGGCUGGACAUGAGAAAAUCCACUCUGGAGUGAAGCCCUAUGAGUGCACAGAGUGUGGGAAGACAUUUAUCAAGAGCACACACCUUCUCCAGCACCAAAUGAUCCACACAGGGGAGAGGCCCUACGAGUGUCUGGAGUGUGGGAAGGCCUUCAACCGCAAGUCCUACCUCACCCAGCACCAGCGCAUCCACAGUGGGGAGAAGCCAUACACAUGCAGUGAGUGCGGGAAGGCCUUCACCCACCGCUCCAACUUCGUCCUGCAUAGCAGAAGGCACACUGGAGAGAAGUCCUUUGUGUGCACAGAAUGUGGACAAGUCUUCCGACACAGGGGAGGGUUCCUUAGACACUAUGUCGUCCACGGAGGGGAGAAUCCCUACGAAUGCUUUGAGUGUGGCCAGGUCUUUAAACACAGGUCGUACCUCCUGUGGCACCAGCAGACGCACACAGGAAAGAAGCCCUAUGAGUGCAGCGAGUGUGGGAAGGUCUUUCUGGAGAGCGCAGCCCUGAUCCACCACUAUGUCAUCCACACUGGAGAGAAGCCCUUUGAGUGCCUCGAGUGUGGGAAGGCCUUCAACCACAGGUCAUACCUCAAGAGGCACCAGCGCAUCCACACUGGGGAGAAGCCUUUUGUGUGCAGUGACUGUGGGAAGGCCUUCACUCACUGCUCGACCUUCAUUUUGCACAAAAGAGCCCACACUGGAGAAAAACCUUUUGAGUGCAAAGAAUGCGGGAAAGCCUUUACCAAUCGGAAAGACCUUAUUCGCCACUUCAGCAUCCACACUGGAGAGAAGCCCUAUGAGUGCGUGGAGUGCGGGAAGGCCUUUGCCCGCAUGUCAGGCCUCACGCGGCACAAGCGGAUCCACAGUGGGGAGAAGCCUUUUGAAUGCAUCGAAUGCGGGAAGUCCUUUUGUUGGAGCACGAACCUCAUUCGACAUGCCAUCAUCCACACUGGAGAGAAGCCCUACAAGUGCAGUGAGUGUGGCAAGGCCUUCAGCCGCAGCUCCUCCCUCUCUCAGCACCAAAGGAUGCACAGUGGGAGGAACCCCCCCAGUGUGAUGGAGGGAAGACGUUUCACAGGCAAGCACACCUCAGUUACCCUCCGAGAGCUUCUGAUGGGCAAGGACUUUUUGAAUGUACCCACUGAGAGAAACCUCUUGCCAGAGGAGACGUUGUCCUCGGCAUCUGAGCGUUCAUGCCAAAGAGAAAUCCCACAAGGGUCUUCCCCAUGAGAAACCCUUAUGCUACAAAAUGUCACCUGUCAUCUGGCAACCCACUUGAAAAUGGAGCCAGCCUACAGCCUUAUUCUCCAUCUGAAAGCUCAUCCAGGAGAGACACCAGGGGUUUUCCUGCACAUAGGAAAGCCUUCAGUUGCACUUCUCUCCUUGUUUACAGUGCAAUGUUGUCUCAGGAAUUGUUUCUAAAAGGAGAUGUAGAAGGAAAUGAAACAAGCACGGGUCUCUUCACACAUCUCUGCCAUGCCUCUGGUGCUGUCACUGAUUCCUUAGUGUAGUUGGGGAGUGUUGCUUCAGAGGUAAAAGGCUAUAGCCUUUUUUUCGUCCUGUGUAUACAUUCAUUGCAGUCCAGUGUCAGGAAACUUAGACAUUUGAGGACAAGUCUGCCAAGUUUAUCUUUUGCAUGUUUUUGUCAUUUGCUUCUUUACUCUUGAGAUGUGUUACUUUUUAUGAGAAAUUAUGGGCGUUAGCCAUGAAAUACUUUUGUGUUUAAGGUAGUAAUACACACAGGAAUGGGCAUAUUUUAUUGUACCAGUAAGAUUAAGGCUUGGUUUCUAAAAGAAAAGAAACAAACUUUCUUUGUAUGGUUUUAAAAACCUAACACUCAAGCAGGAUGUGGUGGUACACACUUGUAACCCCAGCCCUCAGGUGGCAGAGAGGGAAUGGUCUUGUCUGGGCUGUAUAGUGAGCCCCUGUCUCAAAACAAAUAACAAGAUAGAGAACCUGACACUCACACUUUUCCUUGACCCCCCCCCCUCCGUCCGUCUGCUGUAGCUGUGUGGUAAAUCUUCAGACUGAGUGCACUGAUUCCUCUCUUACUUAAAACUGACUUAGCAUCUUGAUGGUUUAACUUUCCAUAUAAAUGUUAGGAUAAGUUUGUCCAUAUUUACAAAAAAAGUCUUAGCAGACUUGGCAUAAACAUUGAGUUAAAUCUGUAAGCUAGCUUGAGUCAGUGCCUUUCCUGAGUUUAGCCUUUCAGUCUGUGAAUGCAGAAGGUCUCCAUUUAUUUAAGCAUUCCUCUGCUUGCUUCAUUAGUGGCUGCACAUUUUUGUUAAUAUUCACACCUCGGGAUUUUUGUUUACUUUUUUUUUUUUUCCCC